ACAUCAACACCUCCUCCCUCCCCUCUCCUCCUUUCCCACUCCGCUCUCUCCGGAAACAGGAGCGAUUUGUUUGAGACCAUCAAAUCGAUGCCGAGGUGAUGACGCCGGCGUCGCGCCGGUAAUGAUCCGCCGCAAGGUGGAGUUCCUCCGCCGUCGUAUCAUGUUCAACAGGGGGCCCUCGCGGAAGCGGCGGUCGGGGGCGGUCCCGGUGCACCUCAACGUCUACGACCUCACCCCCAUCAACGGCUACGCCUACUGGUUCGGCCUCGGCGUCUACCAUUCCGGCGUCCAAGUGCACGGGGUGGAGUACGCGUAUGGGGCGCACGAUCACCCGACGACGGGAAUCUUCGAGGGGGAGCCGCGACAGUGCCCGGGAUUCGUGUUCCGGAAGUCGAUCCUGAUCGGGCGCACCGAUCUGGGGCCGUGCGAGGUGCGGGCACUCAUGGAGGAGUUGGCCGCCAAGUACACCGGCGACACCUACAACCUCAUCUCCAAGAACUGCAACCACUUCUGUAACGAGGCCUCCCUCCGCCUCACCGGCAAGCCCAUUCCCCGAUGGGUCAACCGCCUCGCCAAGAUCGGGUUCCUGUGCAAUUGCGUGCUGCCCGUGCAAGUGGCGGCGGUGAGACAGCGUGGGGCUGAGGAGGGGAAGGACGGCGGGAACGGCGAGAGGCGGAGGUUGAGGAGCAACUCCUCCAGAUUCCCAACCGUCACCACCGCCGCUCAUCCUUCUUCUUCUUCUUCUUCUUCUUCCGACAAUCCACUCAGCAGCAUUUCUAAGCCGGCGGUCAUCAUUUCCCUCUCGAUCGGCGGGGAGUUGGAGUAGCCGGCGCUCUUCGUCCUUGUCGUCCACCGGGGAAAUCCCCUCCACGUUGAAGGUGUAAUCGCUGCUGCGCCUACGCCGCCGACGGUACAUUUGGGGAAACCCCGAAGUGCAAAAAAUUCUCCUUUUAACCCUCUAAAUUCAUUUGGAAACGGAAAUCUGUUAUCUUCCUUUUUCUUUUUUUUCUUCUCUUGUUUGAUCUGCCGCCAUUAAAUGCUGCAGCAGCCUAAUUGUAAUUAAACUUCUUUUCCGUAUUGCUCGUCGCCGAGAUCUCA